UUAUUCAAGACUGCACCUGAGUUAUUAUCUUCAUGUCUUCAAGUAGCGGCUACUUAGUGAAGAAAAAGAAAAAAACUGAAUAACUAACACGUAUUCCAUUCCAAAAGUUUUGGCCCAACACGUGUAAGUCUCAUUGGUUAGCAAGGAAGAGCAGGUAGACUUCUCAUUCAAGACUAUAGAAGGGCAAGAAGAUUUAAAUUAGUUCUGUAACAAUGUCAUACAAGGUUGAAGUUCUAUAUGAAGGAUAUUCAAAGAUGGAAGAUGGUACUAUGAAGGCUAAUUGCUCCUGUACCCUGAUAAAAGGGCCAACAAAUGUAAUUGUCGAUACAAUGACAGCGUGGGAUAAGGACAAGAUUUUGUCUGGUCUUCAAAAGCAUGAAGUGAAAUGUGAAGACAUUAACUAUGCAAUUGGAACCCAUGGCCACUCAGAUCACUUAGGAAAUCUGAACCUUUUUACAAAUGCAAAACAUAUUGUAGGUUUCACAGUCUCUCACAAAGACGAAUUCUUCAUUCAUCCAUUUGAAACAGGUGAACCUUUCAAAAUAGAUGACAAUUUGGAGAUCAUUCCCACUCCUGGACAUACAACAGCUGAUGUUAGCGUAAUUGUAAAAACAGAAGACCUUGGAACAGUGGUAAUUGCAGGUGACCUGUUUGAGCGUGAAGAGGAUAUAUUCGACCCUUCAUUGUGGAAGUACGUUGCUGGAAGUGAAAAGCCAGAAGAGCAAGAAAAGCAUCGUAAUGAAAUGCUUUUACUGGGAGAUUAUAUAAUUCCAGGCCAUGGGCCAAUGUUUAAAGUAACGCCUCAGAUGAAAGAAAUUGCUGGAAAGGCUAAUAAAACUAAUCUUGGACAAUAAUUGUUGUUUACAAUUAUCAUCUUCCUUAUUGUUAAUUAUAGGUAUGCAAACAUUCAAAUAGAAAGAAGAAACAUAAAAGGACUUUACCUUGCAAAGAAAUCUUCCUUGUAACAUUGUCAUAGUUUUUAACUGGACAGGUAUCCAAACAUACAUGAACAGGACAGCAAGUCAGAAAAACUAUGGCCAUGGUGCAUUGAACUUUCUUUGGUGUCCCCACUUUUCUUAAUCUUAAUGACAACACCAGCAACACCGCUAGCACAAAAGCAGUAUAAAAUUGGCAUGUAAUUCUGAGUUUGAAAUUUGUAUUUAGUCUCCAUGAAACCAAUAAAGUAAUAAAACUUUAAGAGUGUGUGCUUGUUAAAUAUUUAUAUGUAUUGACAGUUAAUAACUCAUAUUUGUUUAAUGAUCCUCUGUUUUAUAUGGAAUUUCAUAAGAAUUCCUUAAGUAGUGGAAAUCGUGCAAGAAAGUCUGACAUCACCGAAGUUUUCAUUCACUUUACUAUAUGUGUUCAAAUGAAACGUUUCCUUAAAGCUGUAUAAAUUAUUCUUGAAUUCUACAGAUGCCAGCGUACAACCCUUCUCAAGAUGAGUUUACCUUUUCAUUUAAACAUUUUUCUGUUUUCAAUGUUAUUCUGUCCUAAAACCUUCAACAUAUAGCAGAAUCAAACUAGUUAUCAUCUACAGUAUCAAGGUGUCAUUAGCAGAUUACUAUAUCAAGUAACAUUCCAUCUUCUUCCCCAAAUGUUUGGGUACUGUGCAUAUUUAUAUCCCAAGUAUUUCACACAGUCAUGUACUGUAUUCUGUACAUGUACUUAUCUGAUCUUAUGUAAAAACCUAAUGCAUACCUACUGUAAUAAAUAAUUUUCCUAAGCAUGAACUAUGAUAAAACUUGAACGUUUUCAAUUUCACUUCAGAUUAGUGCAUGUACCUUUACACAAUUUAAAGUGCCUUAAUAGUCAUACGGGUACUCAAAUACUUAUUGUCUGAAAGAUGAAUGCUUCACAUCAUACAAUCCAAUAUUUUGUGCAUGCAUAAUUUCUAACUGUAUACUGAAGUGGGUAUUUAAGAAUUUAAAAUUGUUUCAUGAUGUAGUCUAUCACAAUAGAUGGUAAUAAGACAGAAGUCCGCUGGAAACAUGAAAAGCAUUGUACCAAUGAAGUACCUGUGGUACUGAAUAAUUCCUUGUACAAAGUAAAACUCAAAAUUAUUAGUUAUACAAGAGUAAACACUGCAGGAGGAAAAUUAUGUCAAAUUUGUUGUCUGUUAUCCUACAGUAAGUGUUAGAGCUAUUAACUCUCAAGAUGUUAUUGUCAUUUUCUUAAAAUUAGAAUCAUUGAAAUCUUGAAAGAAGAGAUUUAGCAGAAAGAUAGAGAUAUAUAUGUAUAUGUCCGAUGCUAUUGCAGGUAUGUAAUCCAAAUCUUUAUAAAAAUU